AUGGCGCAUCUGGUUCAGUCUGAUGAUGUACGUGCCUCCCAGUUGAGAGAGCACGGGGGAUUGAUAGAUACCCACAUAUUAGAACUGGAUACCCUUACUGUGAGGGUAGAGGCUUAUGAGCAAAGCCAGGGUGAUUCUGAAGUUGUGACGGCCUUGAAGGCCGAUAUUGUUGGGCUGAGGAAGGAUAUGGAUCAGCUGAAGUCCAUUGAUCUAUCUAUGUUAUUCGGUACGGUAGAGAUCCCUAAGGUUCCGAGUGCAGAUUUGCCGGUCAGUUUUGAGAUUCCUCUGACUACUACAAUCAGAGAUGUUGAUAUGGAUGAGGCAGUUGUUGAAUUUGAGGUUGAGACAGAUGAGGAAGAGUUGGGUACUCGUGAUUCAGAUGUGUAUAGAGAUUUGGAGGAUCUUGAGGGGCCUAUGAUCUAG